CGGAAUCCAAAUGCUAAAAACAAAUUACGCUCUUAUAGGUCCUUCAAAACGCAACUCUGCUGUGAGAAAUAUCUGACUUCAAUUUCAAGUUUUUCUUUAAGAAGAUCCCUUUGUUGUUUCCGCAUUAGCUGUCACGAUCUAGCCAUUGAAAGAGGUAGAUACAAAAAACUUAAAGUUGAAGAGAGGGUGUGUUCUUGUGAUGGGACUUCAAUAGAAGACGAGGUUCACUUUCUAACUGCCUGCCCAAAAUAUGAUGCUUCAAGGAACGAUUUUUUCUCAGUUAUCAAUGAGAACAACAUCAACUUUUCAGGUCUCUCACCAGGAAAUAAGUUUAUCUGGCUUCUUUCAAAUGAGGACCCUGGAAUUUGUCAGAAGCUAUCAUCAUUUUUACAGAAAUGCUUUUCUGAUCGCAUAAAAUAAGGACCUCCUCUCUCCCACCUACUAGUAUCUACUCCAGGUUUGACCCCGGUAGUAGACUUUAUAUUGUUACUUUUGUCAUGUAUCCUUUGUAUGUCUUAUGUACUUUCAAUCAAAAUCAUUGUAUUUCUAUUGUACCAUGUGUACCUUUGCCCUCCGGGCCUUUUGAUUAAUAAACUAAUUUGAAUUUGAAUUUUGCACCACCUCGCGGGAAAUGUUAUUUCUCAAAUCUCAGUGUGGAUCUUUCAUGUCUUUACUUUUCUCAAAUAUUUACGAGUAACAUUUUGUUGUGGAUUUGAUAUCAGAAGAUGGGUAACGAAGCAAGUCAAGGGGUCCAGUUGGGGAAACCAAUAGAGAAUGAUAUCAAAGUGACUUGGAGUCGUGUAGAUUGUGAGCCCAGCUUCCCACCCCGUGAUUGCCAUGCAGCCUGUUCUGUUGAUGGGAGGAUGUUUGUGUUUGGUGGGGUCAUGAUUACCGGUGACGAUGACUGUGCAGAAUCGAAUGAUCUACUGAUGCUAGAGAUAGGCACAGGUAAAUGGACAAAGGUAGAUGGUAGCGGCAAGGUUCCUCCGCCGCGAUCAGCUGCCACUUUCGAUCUUGUUGGUGACAAGCUUUAUCUAUUCGGAGGACUGAGUCAGUAUUCAGGAUGGUUUCAGGACAUCUACUCAUUUGACACAGAAAAUGCGAGUUGGAAUAAAGUUGAAAGCUCCGGUACGCCUCCCUCCCCACGCGACAAGCUAGCGUCAGCUGUGAUUGGUAAAAAGAUCUACUAUUUUGGGGGAUUCGGUCCCAAGCAAGGAGAAUGGGUGACUGAUGAUGAUGAUGCAAGUCAGGAUGAAGAACUGGAAGAAGUCAAAGAGCAGCAGGAGGCGGCACAGUUCGGCUGGUUCAAUGAUCUCCAUAUCUUCGACACAGAAACGAAUAGCUGGUCGCAGCCAUUACAGAUGAACCUCGGUGUUCCAACAGCCAGAGCUGCUCUUGGGAUGUGUGCCAUUGAUGACAAGUUGGUGGUGUUUGGCGGCCGUGACACCGAAGGAAGAACAAAUGAUUUACAUAUUUUUGAUACCGUGUCUAAAAAAUGGGAGGCUGACCUCAAGUACAAAGGACGCAUUCCAGCUUGUCGGUCGUUCCAUACUGCCACUGCCAUUGGGAAGAGGGUUGUCAUCUUGGGCGGCCGGAGCUCGGAAAAUCAUCACUUCCAGGAUUUCCAUAUAUUUGACACAGAAACCAAAGAAUGGUUACAACCUGAAGUUCGAGGCUCCUUACCCUCUGCCAGGGGCUGCCACAGUGCUGUUGUCUCCUCAGAACAUCUUGUCUUGUUUGGUGGCUCGUCCUCAUUUGAUACGGAGACGAUGCAGUGUGAAGAGCACUUUGGCGAUGUUUACGCGAUCAGGACAGAAGAGAUAACGAGAGGUCAAGCUCUUCCUCUGGGAGUUGAUGAGCGUGGUGAGGUAGCGUCAGGUUGUAAACCAAGCAGCAGUACACCAGAGGCCUCUGGCAGCAUUCAUACCAAUGGAAACGGACACGGCGACUCAUGAUUCUUUUAGGAUCUUCAUUCAGAGAUUCUUGGGAUGUCAUAUUACUGGCUCCUACUGACCUUUGAUUAUGUACUGUGCAUUGACAUGAGGCGUACAGCCAUGGUGACUCAUAGGACCUUCAUUCAAGGACUCAACUUCUUGAGAUGUACAUAGCUGUGGUGACUCAGACAUUCAUUCAGAGAAUCAAGUCCUUGGGACAUUCUGUCAACUGUGCAAUACUUUUCUACAGGCCUUUGUUUAUAUCAUGUUCAUAAUUCCUGAUGGGAAGAGCUCUGGAGCUUCUUAUCCCCUGCAGCUGGUUGGUUAGCUGCUAGCUGGUUAAAUUGUGUUCGGAUGUCAAGAGUGUCUCAUAAGCCAGAUCUGUCUGGCCAGAUUUAAUAAACCAACUUUGAAUAGUAA